AUGUCCAAGUGGCUCUUUAAGAUCAAGUCCGAUGCCGACGGCAAUAUCGAGCGCUACAAGUCUAGGCUUGUGGCCAAGGGGUACCAGAAGAAGGAGAAGGUGGACUUCAAGGAGUUGUUUGCUCCUGUGGUGAAGCCGACAACGCUGCCAGCCCUACAAGCGGGUGCUGCCAUCAAAAGAUGGGUGGUGAAGCAGAUGGAUGUGACAACCGCAUUCCUAAACGGCCUUCUCGAAGAAGAGAUAUUUUUGGCGCAGCCAGAGGGGUUUGGUGAUGGUAGUGGCAGAGUGUUGAAGUUGAAGAAGGCCCUCUAUGGGCUCAAUCAAGCCCCUAGGCAGUGGAGCUUCAUGGUGGUCUAUGUGGAUGACAUCCUCAUCUUCUCACCCUCCUCUGACCUUGUGAAGGAGGUGAUGCUGAAGCUUCAGGACAAGUUCAAGUACAAGGCCCUUGGAGACGUCAACUUCUACCUCGAGCUUCAUAUCGAGUGUGAUGACGAGAAGGGGAGCAAGCGGGUGAAACAACGGAAGUACCUGGAGAACUUGGCUGCCAACUUUGGGUAG